AUGACUGCAGACCGUCCGAAACACGGAAAGAAACGGCCUAGCGCUGCUUGCCGUCGGCUGGACUUUGGAGAGACAGAAUCGUCUGUUUUGCUGUCAACUCCUGGUGAGUCAGAAUUGUUUUUACUCCAUGGAUCUUUUUCAGUCGUGGAAAAAAAAAACCCGGAUUGUGGACAUCCCAAACAAACGAAGGAUGUUCUGUCCCUCACUCCAUGGAAAGUAGCAAAGGGUAUAAAUGUGACACGUGAAUAAGACCGAAAUUCAUUUGUGACGCCUGAAUUUUACAGAAAGGCGCGCGUGAUUCGCGAAUUUAUCAACCUGUGUGCGCGAUUUGUCUCCUGAAAUAUACGUGACCCGUGAAUUUUUUCUUUCAUCUUUGUGACAAUAGUCACCAUUUCCCUGAAACCUUGUACACCAGAAGAGAAAUUUGAGGUUUUCCCUUUAACUAAGAGCCGCGUGAAUUUUUCCAAAAUUCGUGCGGGAAACGGGUUAGAGCCAUCCUCCCGCAGUUUCUCUUCAUGACCGUGACUAUAGACGAACAGAAAAUUAAGUAAAUAAACUUCAAGUACAUGAUCUCACGAUCAGAUCUAUUUUCCGUCUUUUAUCCGUUUUAAAAUUCAGCACAUUCAGCUUAGUUGUUUGUUUAUGCUGUAUGUUGUUAACUUUAUGUAUUUUUGUCAUUCAGAUCUGCUACCAAACAAAGACAUUUCUUAUCGAAGUUCCGUGAUCCAAAAGUCCUUCCGGGUCAAAAGAACUUGUUUGACGUUUGGACAGCAGACAGCAUUAGAGGAUGUUUUCCAGAGAAAUAAAUUUUUGAACGAUAAUGAGAAGACGACAAUAGCGAUAGAACUUGGAGUAACCAAGACAGAGAUGGAGGUAAUAUACGUAGGUUUUUUUCUUUCCUGA